UGAUGACCCUUGCUUCGUUCGGCGAGGCUAGGGCCGCAAGUUGCAAAGACUUCGCAGAUCAUGUCUUGCUCCCGCUAUGAUCUCCCUGGUCGGGAAUCAAGUUGAAAUGACAUGUCAAUUGUUCGUCCUGUUGGUACGCUAAUCUGCUACACGCGCUACACAAGUCGUGGAGGCUGCUGCAGAGUUAUGACAACCAACAGUCAAUCGAGCUGCUGUCGCCAAAGGCAAGAAGCGGAUAGACAGGCCACGGAGCAUUGUGUUUCAGAUCCUGCGGGAAGAAAUAGGUCUAUUGGGCAGUUGGCUGGGAGCGUGAUGCAAACUCGCUGCGUUCCAUCAGAUGUCAUUCAGGUGGAACCUUACGGGCCGUGUUCCUGAUCGCAGCCUCUAAGCACUUACAGCGCUCCCUUUGUGCGCCGACCAUGGGCUUUGGUGUCGUGGAACAGUGGCUGAGCCGCAAGACUGACUGGAUUUGGGAGGCAAGCAGGGAAGCAGGUAUUCUAUUCCACUUCGACUUCAGCCACCCGCCGCUGGGCCGGCGUCGGCAGCUGAAGGUACCGUUGCAGCCGGGCAAGGCGCAUGGCAUCGCGCCGUGGUUUGACGCGGAGCUGUUCGGUGAGGUGCACCUUGUCACGGCUCCAGGGGCGGAGCCGCGAGGGCAGGGGGUGCUGUGCUUCACGGCCCCAGUGGAAGGAAUCCUUGCGUACAGACCUUGAAGCGCAGGCAGCAAGAGAUUCAGAUCAUUUGUGA